UAUCCAUAAAUAUGCUGAGGCCAUUUAUUUUGCCAGAUGGGUUUUGAGACCCUGCUGAAACAAGAGAUGCUCUCAUUUAUAUUUCCCUCAAAUUCUACCACAAACCACACUUGGGAGGAAAAAGAAAAAGUCGCCAUGUAAGCAUGUUUACCUUCAAGUGACUAGGAAGUGGAAACCUAUCCAUAAGUGAUGACUCACCAUUGCAGGCCUAUAAAAGUAAAGGUAAUCUCUGCGGAAAGACAACAGUCCCCAGGCAUCACCAUUCAAGAUGCAUCCAGGGGUCCUGGCUGCCUUCCUCUUCUUGAGCUGGACUCAUUGUCGGGCCCUGCCCCUUCCCAGUGAUGGUGAUGAAGAUGAUUUGUCUGAGGAAGACCUCCAGUUUGCAGAGCGCUACCUGAGAUCAUACUACCAUCCCACAAAUCUCGCGGGAAUCCUGAAGGAGAAUGCAGCAAGCUCCAUGACUGACAGGCUCCGAGAAAUGCAGUCUUUUUUCGGCUUAGAGGUGACUGGCAAACUUGACGAUAACACCUUAGAUGUCAUGAAAAAACCAAGAUGCGGGGUUCCUGAUGUGGGUGAAUACAAUGUUUUCCCUCGAACUCUCAAAUGGUCCAAAAUGAAUUUAACGUACAGAAUUGUGAAUUACACCCCUGAUAUGACUCAUUCUGAAGUCGAAAAGGCGUUCAAAAAAGCCUUCAAAGUUUGGUCUGAUGUAACUCCUCUGAAUUUUACCAGACUUCACGAUGGCAUUGCUGACAUCAUGAUCUCUUUUGGAAUUAAGGAGCAUGGCGACUUCUACCCAUUUGAUGGGCCCUCUGGCCUGCUGGCUCACGCUUUUCCUCCUGGGCCAAAUUACGGAGGAGAUGCCCAUUUUGAUGAUGAUGAAACCUGGACAAGUAGUUCCAAAGGCUACAACUUAUUUCUUGUUGCUGCCCAUGAGUUCGGCCAUUCCUUAGGUCUUGACCACUCCAAGGACCCUGGAGCACUCAUGUUUCCCAUCUACACCUACACCGGCAAAAGCCACUUUAUGCUUCCUGAUGACGAUGUACAAGGGAUCCAGUCUCUCUAUGGUCCAGGAGAUGAAGACCCCAACCCUAAACAUCCAAAAACGCCAGACAAAUGUGACCCCUCCUUAUCCCUUGAUGCCAUUACCAGUCUCCGAGGAGAAACAAUGAUCUUUAAAGACAGAUUCUUCUGGCGCCUGCAUCCUCAGCAGGUUGAUGCGGAGCUGUUUUUAACGAAAUCAUUUUGGCCAGAACUUCCCAACCGUAUUGAUGCUGCAUAUGAGCAUCCUUCUCAUGACCUCAUCUUCAUCUUUAGAGGUAGAAAAUUUUGGGCUCUUAAUGGUUAUGACAUUCUGGAAGGUUAUCCCAAAAAAAUAUCUGAACUGGGUUUUCCAAAAGAAGUUAAGAAGAUAAGUGCAGCUGUUCACUUUGAGGAUACAGGCAAGACUCUCCUCUUCUCAGGAAACCAGGUCUGGAGAUAUGAUGAUACUAACCAUAUUAUGGAUAAAGACUAUCCGAGACUAAUAGAAGAAGACUUCCCAGGAAUUGGUGAUAAAGUAGAUGCUGUCUACGAGAAAAAUGGUUAUAUCUAUUUUUUCAAUGGACCCAUACAGUUUGAAUACAGCAUCUGGAGUAAGCGCAUUGUUCGCGUCAUGCCAGCAAAUUCCAUAUUGUGGUGUUAAGUGUCUUUUUAAAAAUUGUUAUUUAAAUCCUGAAGAGCAUUUGGGGUAAUACUUCCAGAGAGUGUGGGGUGGGGGAAGGAGAGCUAUCAGGAGAAAGCUUGGUUCUGUGAACAAGCUUCAGUAAGUUAUCUUUGAAUAUGUAGUAUCUAUAUGACUAUGCGUGGCUGGAACCACAUUGAAGAAUGUUAGAGUAAUGAAAUGGAGGAUAUCUAAGGAGCACCUGAUUCUUGUUGCUGUACAAAAGCAAUGGUUGAUGAUAUUUCCCACACCACAAAUGGGACACAUGGUCUGUCAAUGAGAGCAUAAUUUAAAAAUAUAUUUAUAAGGAAAUUUUACAAGGGCAUAAAGUAAAUAUACUCAUAUAAUGAAUAAAUCAUUCUUACUAAAAAGUAUAAAAUAGUAUGAAAAUGGAACUUUGGGAGAGCCAUACAUAAAAGAAAUAAACCAAAGGAAAAUGUCUGUAAUAAAAAGACUGUAACUUCCAAAUAAAUAAUUUUCAUUUUGCACUGAGGAUAUUCAGAUGUAUGUGCCCUUCUUCACACAGACACUAACAAAAUAUCAAAGUCAUUAAAGACAGGAGACAAAAGAGCAGUGGUAAGACUAGUAGAUGUGGCUCUUGAAUUCUGUUUAAUUUUCACUUUUGGCAAUGACUCAAAGUCUGCUCUCAUAUAAGACAAAUAUUCCUUUGCAUAUUAUAAAGGAUAAAGAAGGAUGAUAUAUUUUUAUUAAAAUAUUUCAGGUUUUUCAGAAGUCACACAUUACAAAGUUAAAAUUGUUAUCAAAAUAGUCUAAGGCCAUGGCAUCCCUUUUUCAUAAAUUUUUUGAUUAUUUAAGACUAAAAGUUGCAUUUAAACCCUAUUUUACCAAGCUAAUUAUUUUAAUUGUCCAGUUUGCCUUGGAUAUAUAGGCUAUUUUCUAAAGACUUGUGUAGCAUGAAAUAAAAUAUAUCUUAUAAAGUGGAAGUAUAUAUAUUAAAAGAGAGACAUCCAAAUUUUUUUUGAAAUCAGUCUACUAGAUUGUGAUCCCUUGAGAUAUGGAAAGAUGCCUUUUUUUUCUCUGCAUUUAAAAAAAUCCCCCAGCACUUCCCACAGUGCCUAUUGAUACUUGGGGAGGGUGCUUGGCACUUAUUGAAUAUAUGAUCGGCCAUCAAGGGAAGAACUAUUGUGCUCAGAGACACUGUUGAUAAAAACUCAGGCAAAGAAAAUGAAAUGCAUAUUUGCAAAGUGCAUUAGGAAGUGUUAAUGUUGUUUAUAAUAAAAAUAUAUUUUCAACAGA